UCAGGUGAUAUUUUCCGCCUCACCAUUUUGUGCUGCUGCUCCGCCGUGUAUUUAGCAGAAGAUUCGUGACUAGUCCAAUUACAUCUCUAGUUAGCUACACAGGUUUACAUUUAAAGAGCGUGUGGCCUUCGAUAGGUGUAGUCGGUAAGCCACUAAGGGGAACCGCAAUAUCCGUUUGGUAUUCCGUGGUCUUUUAAACAGAGAAUGUCGUCCGAAAGCCCCGAAUACUCUCCGUUCUUCGCAGUGAUGGGUGCCUCUGCAGCUAUGGUUUUCAGCGCCUUGGGAGCAGCCUAUGGCACGGCUAAGAGUGGAACAGGGAUUGCUGCCAUGUCAGUGAUGAGGCCAGAGCUCAUCAUGAAGUCCAUCAUUCCAGUGGUCAUGGCGGGUAUUAUAGCCAUCUACGGCCUGGUGGUAGCGGUGCUCAUCGCCAACAACAUCUCCGAGAAGGUCACCCUCUACAAGAGUUUCCUUCAUCUUGGUGCUGGGCUGAGUGUGGGCUUGAGCGGGUUGGCAGCUGGCUUUGCAAUUGGUAUUGUAGGUGAUGCGGGGGUUCGGGGCACGGCGCAGCAGCCCCGGCUCUUCGUGGGCAUGAUCCUCAUCUUAAUCUUUGCCGAGGUCCUCGGGCUCUACGGUCUCAUCGUGGCCCUCAUCCUGUCCACGAAAUAAACCACCAACCUCUCCACCAAUCUGUCUUAUGUUGCUGAAGGAGGAAAAAAAUAAAUGGAAUACUGGAUAAAAAAGUAAAUGAAUGACAAAAUAAUGAUAUAAUAAAAAAUGGCUCCAUAAAUAUGGUCUUAUCUCUGCAAUGUGUACAGUUGUCCCAAUUUGAUAGUCAAAUACAAUGUAGUGAUUUAGUCUGUCCUGUGUGUUGCAAAAUGUAUGAAGAUCCCCCCACUGGCUUACAGCCUCCAUGCUUGCCAGGUUUCUUGCUGGUUUCUGCCUCUGGUCUUAGAGCUGACCAAAGGGCCCCACUGCUUUUUCUCCUCCUGCAUUGAUUUGGCUGUUUACAUGAUUUCUGCAUUAAAUGUCUGAGGAUCUAUUUGUAAAGGAAAAUAUGUAUGAACUUAACGUUGUUUUAUUUAUAAAUGUUUACAUGGGGCAAACAUCUUUAAUUCCCCAUGAAUUCUAUAGAUUUAAUGCACUGUGGGUUAACUGUGUGGUUGGAGUUCCUCUGGAUGUAUUAUUUGGUUUAAGAUUGCCUUUAGUGUGUGGCUGGUGGAGUGGGCGUUGUGUAACUGUAUUUCAAUCGGGAUAAACAUGGCAGUGUUUCGAAUGUGUUCAUGUAGUAUCGCUGUUUGAUUGCAUUAAAGGUUGUUGCCCAGU